AUGAAGGGUGGCAUCCUCGACGGCUAUCAGCCGCAUCCCGCCGCGCCACGCACCACGCGUACCCGGAGAUCUUACCUCAACCUGUUUACCGCCCUGGCUGUUGCCGCCUUGUAUGCGCGCCUCUUCUAUACCCGUCACAGCCACGCCCACAAGGUUGCCCGCGUGCAGAAAUGCUCCAUUUCCAACCUGCAUGCCGACCUUUCCUUUUUGGAUGUCUCACCUAUCGCCGCCGAUGAGUUCAUCGCACGCCGCGAUAACCUCGCGAAGGCGCUUCAUGCCGAAGGAGUAGAUGCCUUUGUCCUCGAGCCGGGCUACACCUUCCAGUACUACGGCAACAUCAGCCAGCAAGACUGGGAGCCAUGGGAGCCGGAAGAGCGGCCGAUGCUGAUGAUCGUGGAGCCCGUCCGCAACUCGACGACGGGCGCCAUCGUCGCCAAGACGUCGUUCCUCUCGCCCGCCUUCGAGGAGGGCCGCGUGCGCAUGCUGGGCAUCCCCGCCGCCGAGUCGGCCGACGACCUCGUCAUCGUGCCGUGGGAGGAGCACUGGAACCCCUACCGCACCCUGCGCGAGAGCCACCUGUUCGCCGACCGCCCCGGGGACGUCACGCUCAUGGUCGACGAGGAGAUGCGCGACUACAUCGUGCGCGGCCUGCGCGCCAACGGCUUCGAGACGCUGGGCUUGGCCGGCGAGGUCGAGGCCGUCCGCCAGAUCAAGACGCCCGCCGAGAUCGAGCUGCUCAGGGCCGUCAACACGGGGACCGUGGAGGCGGUGAGGGCGAUGAGGCCUUGCCUUGUCCCCGGAUUGAUCGAAGAUGAGGUCAUGGAAAUCCUGGACAACUCGUUGCUGUCCGUUGGCUUUUCGCUUUUCUUUGACAUCGUGCUGUUCGAGGAGAACGGCGCCCUGCCGCACGGUGGUUUCGUGACCGGCGGGAAGGUCCUGAAAGAAGACUCCGUCGUCCUUAUUGACGUCGGAGCCCACUACCUCGGAUACUCUUCCGACAUCUGCCGCAGCUUCUUCAUUCCCACUUGGAAAGAAUGGUCGCUCUGGGAGAAGGCCAUGUCCAUCGUGACCUUCUCCAAGCCCUGUUCGUCCUCGGUAAAGACCGACUCUGAUUUGUACGCCGAAAAACUGAAGGUGUGGGAUAUCGUGCUCGAGGCUCAGACCGAGUCCUCCAAGAUGUUCAAGCCCAACAACAGCGCCGCCAGCGUCGACAUUGCGGCGAGGAAGGUCAUCUCUGAUGCCGGCUACGGCGAGAUGUUCACCCAUCGUGUGGGCCAUGGCAUUGGUAUCAAGGCUCAUGAGUCUCCUUAUCUCAACAAGGGCAACCACGAGGUCCUUCUGAGACCCGGCAUGACUUUCACGUCGGAACCUGGCAUUUACAUGCUAAACAAGUUCGGUGUCAGGCAUGAGGACAUCUACGCCGUCACUGCGGACGGAGAGGCUGAACUGCUUACUGGAAAGCGUGCGGUCAGCCCUUGGGAACCCUGA